GACACCCUGUCUUAAAAACCAAAAAAGAGAAAGAAAAGAAAAACUAAGUUGGGAGAACUUCAACAAUUUGCUCGCACAGCUAAAGCAGUGGGGGGGGGGGCACAGCCAGCCCCGUCGUCAUGACGACCACAGUAUACACCUCAGCCCCAUGGAGGAGGCAGAAUCAGUCACUGGAGCUGACCUCCCCUCACUACUGUCAAGCAUUGUGUCCACAGGUACCUGUGACACCCCAUGACAUUCCCCACCACAACCCCAAUAGGUGGCUUUUCCUUUAAGAGAAGACAGACAGCAUUGAAACAGGCUCACUGUAGCUCAGGCUAGCCUCAAACUUACACUGAUCCCCGUGCCUCAGCCUCCCAAAUGUUGGGAUUACAGGGCUUGAACCUCUACACCGGAUCCACUUGUGCCUUAUGCAUACCUCAAAACUUGACUGAGAAAACAGCUGAGGGCUGGGGAUGUAGCUGAGUUGAUCAAGUUGAAAGGUAUGUAGGAUGACCCCAGACUAGGAAGACAAGGCUGGAUUUCUUAACUAGAAGGCUCAUCUAGUGAUGAACGUUGGUGAAGAUUCUCAGGCCCCAACCCUCAACCACAUCACCCCCCCCCCCAUCUUACAUGCACACUAUUUGGUGUAUGUAGCUAUUUGUGGGCUGCUGUGGCCAUUCAGGGUUUAAACUACCUAAAAUAGCUCUAUUAGCUGGGGGAGGGGGUGGGGGGAGGUGCUAUGUGUCAGACACUGAUUGGCUGGAAUGCAUUCCCAGGAAGAGCCUGGCAAUGACAGCAUAGGUUCUCGGAGGUGUGGAAAACCACCUAGGUUUCACGAUGUGGCUAGGGAAGGUUCACUCACACAGGAGAGGAGGCCUCUCAGCAAAAGCCGUCAGGAGGUGCCAAGUCCCACCCCAGAGGCGGAGCCAAGGCUGAGGCCCUCCAGCCUGGACUCCUCCAUCCCUUCAGGAACCCACGCCAGGGCAGAGCCUGAGCCUGGUUCCUGCUGUCCCCAGCAUAGAAGCGACAUGCACUCAUUGGCCAGGACACCAGGCAUGGCCGGAGGAGUGGCAGCUGGGACUCUAUGAUCCCCAGAAGGCGGCCCAGCUAGCAAGCACCACCUGUUCCUAACAGCCAUGCAUGCUGACUGCAGCUCCAGGCCCUCCAUGGUCCAAGACCCAUGAUGCCACCCAACAACACUGGGGAGGUGGCCAGCUCCAUUCCCACGGGGGCACUGGGGCUUUCCCUGGCCCUGGCAAGCCUCAUCGUCGUCGCCAACCUGCUCCUGGCCCUAGGCAUCGCCCUGGACCGCCACCUGCGCAGCCCACCUGCCGGCUACUUCUUCCUAAGCCUGCUACUGGCCGGGCUACUCACAGGGCUGGCACUGCCCAUGCUUCCGGGGCUGUGGAGCAGGAGCCACCGGGGCUACUGGUCCUGCCUCCUUCUCCACAUGGCCCCCAACUUCUCUUUCCUUUCGCUGCUCGCCAAUCUGCUGCUAGUGCACGGGGAGCGUUACGUGGCUGUGUUGCAGCCACUGCGGCCCCAUGGGAGUAUGCGGCUAGCCCUGCUCCUCACCUGGGUCAGCCCCCUGCUCUUUGCCAGCCUGCCCGCUCUGGGCUGGAACCACUGGAGCCCUGGUGCCAACUGCAGCUCCCAAGCUGUCUUGCCAGCCCCCUACCUCUACCUCGAAGUCUAUGGGCUCCUGCUGCCUGCUGUGGGCGCUGCUACCCUUCUCUCUGUCAGAGUGUUGGUCACUGCCCGCCGCCAGCUGAAGGAUAUCUGCCGCCUGGAGCGGGCAGUGUGCCGCGAUGCACCCUCAGCCCUGGCCAGGGCUCUCGCCUGGAGGCAGGCCAGGGCGCAGGCAGGAGCCACGCUGCUCUUUCUGCUGUGCUGGGGGCCCUAUGUGGCCACACUGCUCCUGUCGGUGCUGGCCUACGAGCGGCGUCCCCCACUGGGGCCCGGAACUCUGUUGUCUCUCAUCUCACUGGGCAGCGCCAGUGCUGCAGCUGUGCCCGUGGCCAUGGGUCUGGGCGAUCAGCGCUACACAGCCCCGUGGAGGGCGGCUGCCCAAAGAUGGCUGCGAGUGCUUCGAGGAAGAGCCAAGAGGGACAGCCCGGGCCCCAGCACUGCCUACCACACCAGCAGCCACAGCAGCAUGGACCUGGACUUGAAUUAGGAAACCGGCAGCUGCGGUUGCCUCCCGGAAGCCUUCGCCCAUCUCUCCUGUCCUACUUCUUUGGAUUGGAGCCCUGGCUCCUUGAGACCUCACCCUGACCAAAUAAAUCCCUGGCCGCCAUUUCAGGUUAUCUCCUUCCGUAUCUCAACGAGGGAGUGGGGCAGGCUGACUGCUCU